GAUAUCCAAACCUUUUGCUGUUUAGCGCAACACAUUCUCAUGGCGUCUCUACAGCAGUCAAGAAUUCAGUCAUACCUGGAGAAGAAUAAGAUCGGACCCUUGUUUGAGGAGAUGAUGACCAAACUGAUAACUGAGACACCAGACCACCCCAUUCCUUUCCUCAUUGGCCAUCUGCAAACCAAGCAGGAGAGUCCCGGCAGGAUUCAGAGGACCCUGUCGGGAUCUGCAGCGCUGUGGGCCGAGAGCUCCUCAGAAUACAAAGGCACACGACGGGACUCCAGGGGUUAUGAAAAACCUUGGCAGAUCCAUCCCAAGAAGCCCAAGAAAUCAAAGAGCGACCUGGCCGUGUCCAACAUUUCCCCUCCGUCUCCUGAGUCUAAGUCAUUGCCUCGUUCAAUACUGCGCCCUACCUGGGACUGGAGGACCAAACCUGAGAGCCGAGACUUUGAUGAGCUCAAUCACAUACUGCAAGAGAGCAAGAAGCUUGGCAAAGCGCUGGAGAACCUGUCCCGCAGCAUUGCUGUUUCUGAUGACUUUGACCUGGACCCUCGGGCGUAUAACUCCAUACUGAGGCCGCGGGUGGUGGGUGAGUGGGUGGGCCGUGAGGAGGAAGAUUCUGACCCUCUUGAGGCUGAGAUGAUUAAGCCCCCUGUCCCAAGAGCCAAAACUGAGGGUUGGGUGAGCAAAGACAACAGUCCUGUUGGAAGCCUGAAAAUAGAGACUAAGGGUAAAGGCCUAAAACAGCAGCAACAGAAUCACAAGAAACUUCUGGCAGCCAUGUUGUCUCAGGACUCGUUUGACUCCAUGCCUGACUCGGCCCCCUCAGUCACUGAAGAUGAGAUGGAAGAUGAGGAUGACGCCAUGGAGCUACUGGAGGAUCUGGAUGACCUGCGAAUGGAGGGGGUCACAGGCCUGUUGCCGUCUGGCAGUAAGUUCAGCCAGGGCCGCAGCUCCUACUGUUCAGAGCCCCAGGCCAAAGUCACUCUCAACAUCUGCUCAAGGUGUGCAAGGCUUCAAGGGGACAGCCUAACUGCAAGGCCUGAAGAGGAACCAGCACCCCAUGUCCCAGAGCAAGCUGUGCCAGAAAUACCUUGUCCAUUACCCGCGGUGACAGAAAUCCUCACAGCAGCAGAAGAUCUGCAGACGGUCUCUCAGGUGACAGGGCCGCGUCACCCUGUCUGGGCAUCGGAUGUGAAGCCGAUCAGAGGCACGAGCCCCCAGACGCCCAGACGUGCUCUGCAACUCCAGGAUUCGCUUUUCUCCAAAGAACUGGAGAACAUGGGCAAACAUCUUGCUGAGGUGGAGAAGGACUUGGCCAAGCUGGCAGAGCAAGGGAAGCUGAACCGAAGUCCAAACAGCCCUCAUAGGAGUUUGCUUUUAAACCCCCUCUUCCACACCACUAACACUCUGCCUGUGCUCGGACAGACGUCCAGACCACAGUCUCCCAGCAGCCUUUCCACAAAGACCACAGGCCUGCCACUUCACAACACUAAACCCACAAGCCUAGUCAUGGGCCGGACAUCUCCCAGCAACCAAAGCAGCCGUGCCCAAACCCCUAGUGGAGCACGGACGCCCAGCAGACCUUUGACCCCCAAUAGUCUUAUGAUGCACUCGUUGACUGCCGGAAGCCACGGGAACAAAGAACGGGUGUACGGGCGCUCUAGAAGCAGACCAGUCACACCGACAGGACAGAUAACCAGACCGAUUCUCACACCGCCAGGCCUGAGCACGACAGAUUUAUAUGGAGGACUAUGGAGCACAUUGACAGAGGAUGAGUUUUACCAGCAGUUGCAGGCGGUCAGGAAGCCCUGGCGAAUCCCCAGUGACCCGGAGAGUGACUGUCUGGAACCACCCGAGCAGGACAAGUGUAAUCCAAGUGGAGUGAGAGAUGCCAGCAAGAGAUCAGUGUUCUCAGGCUUGUAACGGUGUGUACGGCAGACACAGAGCCAAUCAAACAUUUAUGCAAUUUAAAGGGGCAUUUGAAUAUUGUGAGUCAGCAAUAGACUCUUAUUUUUUUAAUUUUGACCAGAAGAAAGAUUGUGUACUUUUUUCCACAGAGGCCAAUAUUUCUUAGAAAUAAAAAUGUUACA